AUGAGGGAGAAAAAGCUUUAUACCAAAUUCUCCAAAUGUGAAUUUUGGCUUAAGCAAGUGGCAUUUCUUGGGCAUAUUGUAUUAGUUGAAGAAAUAAGAGUGGAUCCUAACAAAAUAAAAGCAAUAUUGGAGUGGAAGCCACCUAAGAAUAUAACAGAGGUCAUAAGCUUUCUAGGAGUAGCGGGAUAUUAUAGGCGAUUUGCGAAGGGGUUUUCAAUCAUUGCUUCACCCCUCACUAAAUUGCUUAGGAAGAAUGCAAAAUUUGUGUGGAAUGAUAAAUGUCAUGAGAUUUUUGAAAGGUUAAAAGCUUUGUUGACUGAAGCUCCUUUUCUUGCAUUGCCCACGAAAGGAGUGGAUUAUAUAAGGCACUACCUUUAUGGUGAGAAAUGUCACAUGUUUACAAAUCAUAAGAGCUUGAAGUAUCUGGGCACACAGAAAGAACUUAACUUGAGGCAGAGGAGAUGGUUAGAGCUUAUUAAAGAUUAUGACUGCACCAUAGAUUACCAACUGGGUAAGGUUAAUGUGGUUAUAGAUGCUUUGAGUAAGAAGUCCAUGGCAGGGAUGUUGACAUUUUCAUUACCCUUGCUACUUGAGUUGAAAGCACUUAAGGCACGAUUGGAGUUACAAAACAACGACUCUAUUCUAGCUCAGUUGACUCUGAAGCCACUUUUAAUUGAUGAGGUGGUAGAGGCACAGAAGAAAGAUGACUAG